AUGGAGGAGGAUGUGAAAUCAGAAGGUGUUGGCAUUCUUUUCUGCAGUGAAUGUAACAAUAUGCUCUAUCCAAAGGAGGAUAAGCGACACAAAAGGCUUAUGUACGCAUGUAGAAAUUGCGAGUUCAUGCAGCCGGCGGAUAACCCACGCAUUUAUGUCAAUCGUAUGGAACAGGACAUUGACGAGCUAGCACUGAUAGUACCUGACGUGGUGCACGAUCCGACGCUACCGAGAACGGAAGAGCACCAGUGUCCUCGUUGUAAGAAGCAAGAAGCGGUAUUCUUUCAGUCGCAAACAGUGAGAGCUGAAGAGAACAUGCGACUGUAUUACGUUUGCACAAACCUCGAUUGUCUCUACAAGUGGACAGAAUGA